AUGGACAACAAACUGGACAAGAUCAAUUACAUCAAGCAAUUCAAACAAAUCAACGAACAAUACACGCCGCGUCGCAGUGAUUCUUUUGAGUCUGAAAAAGACCAAAUAGCGAUUCACCCCCAUGCCAUUCAAAGACAACCCCCUCGCACUUUUCGACAGAGAAGAGAACAAGUCCCCCAUCUGAAGUCCCCGCCUUCGGAUAAAACACAGCCCUUCGACUUCUUACAACGACAAACUUUUGAGAAUGACCAACUCGAACUGCUUGAAAGAGGAGAGAAGAGCUACUUGUAUGACCCAUUAAGUCGACUUCAGGGCGUUGAUGCCAUCCAAGCGAAUUCAUUUACGUCUCAAAAAAAUAGCGACACGGUGACUGAAGACAUCCCUCAGAGAAGUGCUUUAGAAGGCCACGUCGACAACUUUAAGUACAUCGGAGACGGCAAGAUCUUUUCCGUCGAAGGCGUCUAUAACAGACGCUUUGAUGUCCCCCACAAGCCUGAAGACGCUAUUUUGGCUCUCUUUACUGAGUGUCGGAUAGUGAAAAGUGUAGGAAAUACAGUAGUCUUCACCGUCAAAUUAUUUGAAGACCCUAUUACUAGCACGAUGACUCUCACGCCAGGUCUCGCCGUCAUCCAGAUGACUUCAAACACGAUUUGUAAUGCUACGGUGAUCCUCACAAAACACUCGAUGAGGUAUAAUGUGACAUUUCUCUCGAACUCGACACAAAUGACUAUUAACAUCGCGCAGUUCAUAUGUAAUUUGAAGGAACACCAUCGGAGCGAAUCGUCGACACCAACGCCACGAGCGAAUCCGACGACGAUGUUACUUGGGUUUAAUUCCCUUGUGUUCCGGAAGAUCUUGGAUCUGCUAGAUGUCGAAUCGAAGAAGGCGUUGGCGAUAUCGUGCAGGAGAAUACACACGAUAGUAAGUUCAAUAGCAAACGCGCCGUAUUCAGCGUUUUUGCCAUGUGCGCCGAGUGAAGAGAAUGUCUCUGAGAGACUCAGAGACUCUGAUAAGACGGAGAGAACGGAGCAGACUGAAGUUGUACAAACAUUGGAGAAGAACUAUGAGCGGAUGAAUACUGAACGAGUGAGUUCGUCUCCAAAGGUAUUGACGAAAAGUGCGACGAAGGCCCUUUCGGAGAUCAAACCGACGCGAAUUGAUGGACACACCAAUUUUGUGCGUUCACUUGACAUUUCUAAUGACUUGAAAUACUUUGUGAGCGGCGCAUCCGACCGGAAGGUCCGCUUGUGGGACUUGAAAAGUCCGGAGACGAAGACAUCGAAGGUCUUUAGUGGACCAAACAGUUCAGUGGUGUCUUCGACGUUUAUAGAGAAUACAUUAGCUAUUGCGUAUAAGUGUGGGACAGUCAAGUAUAUACCUAUUAUGGAAUCAGAUCGAGUCUUGACGUUCGAUGUUGUUGGAGGGAAAAUCGAAGGGUUUCUUCCACUGACUAAGACUGCGUUUGUGUCGUGGGGGGAGAAGGUCCAACUUAUUAACUACCACCACUUACAUCAGGCAGUGUUAUUCACUUAUGCGGAACAUUUAAGGAAAAUUAAUGGGGUUAAACCUUUUGGGCCCCGAUUUGUGUCAAUCUCUGCGGAUCGAAGUAUCCAAAUUUGGGAUCCCAACGCAGUCACCCCAACGAUCGAAAAGAUUCGAAACGUGAAGACUUUUAAUGCACUUGAAAUCAUCGACGAAAACACUUUUGCGAGUGGAGGAGAGUCUAUUGUGCAACUCUGGGACCAACGCAAACUCAGCGAGCCGAUGGAGACUCUAGUCUUUGAUGCAAAGGUCUCAUGUCUCAAUUACUAUGAAAAGAAGUUGUAUGUGGGAACGGAUCGAACUGUUUGUGUGAGGAGCGGAACUAAAUUUGGAGAAGAAGAGUGCUUGAUUGUCGAUGACAAGAAUGGGGUGUCUUGUGUGAAGAUAUGCAACGAGUGUAUUAUUGCUGGGUAUAGAGAUGGUGGCAUCAAUUUGUGGAACACUUUGUAA